AGAUUCGAGACUUGGUCCGACUUCUACCUGAAUACGAUCUACCGGCUGGGCUGCAGUCAAAGCAGUGUAAACGGUGCGGCGUUGUGGGGAGCAGCAGCGUGUUACACGGGUUGAAGCUGGGCUCCACCCUGAACCACUUUGACAUUGUCAUAAGGUUAAACGACGCACCCGUCCGGGGAUACACAAAUGAUGUCGGCAACAGAACCACAAUACGGAUGACCUAUCCUGAAGGAGCGCCUUGGUCUCAAGAUGAAUAUUUCCCAAAUAGCUUGUUCGUGGCAGUAUUAUUUAAGAGUGUUGAUUUUGCAUGGGUAAAAGCGAUGGUGAAAAAUGAAUCAUUACCGCUCUGGAUGCACUUGUUCUUUUGGCAAAAGGUGGUGAUGAAAAUCCCCGUUAGUCCCAGGAAGUUCCGGAUUUUGAACCCCAUCCUGGUGAAGGAGACAGCGCUGGAUAUCCUGCAAUACUCAGAA